AUGAUGAUUCACAUCUCGCAAGUAUCUAAGAAUAACGUGCCCUUGUAUGAGGAGGUGAAACCCGUACGACGUUAUUUAAAAUUCAAGAAGCGAAAGGGUGCGGUUCUGGGAGCCAGUCUAUGCAAAAUAAAUCGCAGGUUUUAUAUCACGGAUGUCCGCGAUAAUUCACUAGCGUGGCGGCUUGGCUUGGAUCACGGAGAUCGUAUGGAUGAGAUAAACGAUAAACCAAUGAGCUCGCUAGGUCCUCUGGAUUUCUUAGAGCUGUUUCGUAAUGUAGAGGCUGUUGAGCUCUUGGUGUGUAGCCGACCAUUAGAACUCAAAAUUGUUCUCCAAGAGACACUGAGUCCGAAAGCGAUCCACCGGGCCGAUCACCCCGUACGAUCGCAGAGCUUUGCGAAUCCGCGGUCUACGCAGGUAUUCUCUGGUAGCAAUUCAAUGGAGGGAGUAUUUGCUCACGAACACCAACCGCGAAGGAAAGGUACAUCAGUACCUCAUCUAAGCUUCAGAGGUAGUGAAUCUGACGUAUGCGGUUCCUCCGUCGUUAGUAGAGAGGCCAGUGUACUGGCAAAUAGAAACACAAUUUGCAGAGAAGUUCAUUCAAGAAGGUCCGAAUCGACAACUAGCCAUGAAUGGCAAGGGCCCAUUAUGUCGGAUCCCUUGAAUAUAAGCGAUUUGCCUCCUGCGUACAACUCUCAAGAGAAUGCGCACGCAAGAUCAAUCAGGCAUGGCGGGAGUGUCGCUAAAGCUAGAAAUAAGCACUACCGAUUGCCCCGUAGAGGGACAGACGAUUGCAUUACAUCCGGCUCCUACAGCAAUGCACAUGAUGAGGAUAGCUCAAGUACUCAUCAGACUGUCCAUAACGCUGUGAAUAGUGAGGUGGUCACGAACGCUGAUCAAUACAACAAUGCAGGAGUGGCCUCAAACGUUGGGUUUCGAUUGAACAAUGCAAACGACACGAGUGUGCAUCCGAUUCCGAACAGUGUGGAAGGCUUCGAACCUGCAGGAACAGCAGGAAGUCGAAAUACGGGACAUCCAGAAAGUUCAAGGAUAGUAAAUCAAUGUUUUAUUAAGGGUGGAAGGACACGUAGAAGUGAUCAACAACCCCAAUUGCCGACUCGGGUGCAGACUAGAUCCAAGAGGCACCUGCAAAUAGAACAACCAGCACAUACACAACUGUGUUCUGGAGAAGACAGGAUGAUACACCCACGUGCAAUGUCAGAUCAGUUCACAUAUCAGGCAUAUCCCGGGGCAGAUACCGAGUCUGCACAGGUACACUCUCAUACACCAAACUCAAUUUCAUGGUGGCAAGGCUGUUUUAAUUGGCUGGUUUGCAAGAGUGUUAUUAUGGAACCAAUAUCUGAUGAAAGCGAGCCAUUGCUGUCCGAAUGUGCUCGAAGAGUGGAUCGUAGUAAUCCUGUGACAGGGACACAUGUUUGUACGAAUCAAUGCGUGCUUUCGAGUUCACAGAGUGAUGGUGAGGACGUAGUCGUCCAUGUGCAGGAGAGGAGCGUAAACUCAGGAACACUGAAGUUUGAAGCGAGGAAAUACCACGACGAGAACGCAGAUUCAUUCAACACACUCGAUGAAGAAGAACAGGAAGUGAGUCCCUUCCCUCCACCAUUACCUACUCCUCGAUUGGGUCUUAUAUAUAUUAAUGGGCAGGUGGUAGAAGUGGAGGAAGUAUUGGCGAAUGAUUGUAAGGCAAGACCGUGUGCCCCACCCAGGACUGGGGAUGUCAUUCACGAAGUGGAUGAGAAGGACAUGCUGGGUAAAACCGAUGCGCAUAUAAUGUUGGAAAUGUCUAUUGCCAUGAUAAAGAACAAGAAAGUUGAGAUCAGAUUCUUUCCGCCGGUUUUAGCUCAAGAGAUUGCGGUAGCACGACUGACUCGAAAGCGGUGA